AAAAAGCUCUGGAUUCAGAAUCACAGAUCAAGAAAAAAAAGACGAUGCCAAUAAAGGUAUUGUCAUCACUCGAUGCAGCUCGAAUACAGUGGUACCAUUUCAAAGCCAUCAUAGUCGCGGGGAUGGGACUGUUCACCGACGCUUACGACCUCUUCUGCAUCGCGCCCGUCAUGAAAAUUAUCAGCCACGUUUACUACCACGGCGACUCCAUCAACACGGCCGUCCUCUCCACUUCCUACGCCAUCGCUCUCCUCGGGACGGCGGCGGGUCAGCUCGUGUUCGGUUACCUCGGCGACCGGGUCGGUCGCCGCCGAGUCUACGGGCUUUGCCUUGCCAUCAUGAUCAUAAGCUCCUUCGGCUGCGGCUUCUCCGUGUGCACCACUCGCACGUCUUGCGUUAUGGUCAGCCUCGGUUUCUUCCGGUUUAUUCUCGGUUUGGGUAUCGGUGGUGAUUACCCGCUCUCGGCUACCAUCAUGUCGGAGUUUGCGAAUAAGAGGACGCGUGGCGCGUUUAUAGCUGCGGUGUUCUCGAUGCAAGGGUUGGGGAUUCUUGUGAGCUCGGCCGUGACGAUGGCUGUUUGCGUGGCGUUCAAAAGAGGUGGCGGCGGUGGUUCGGAGACGGAGAAGGAGGAGGUUCCGAGUGAAGCUGACGUGGCGUGGAGGCUUAUACUGAUGAUCGGUGCUCUUCCUGCUGCAUUGACGUUUUACUGGCGAAUGCUGAUGCCUGAAACCGCAAGAUACACAGCACUUGUGGAAAACAACAUUGUCCAAGCAGCUAAAGACAUGGAAAGAGUCAUGUCAAUAACUGAUGAUAUCUCUGACGAGACAACGACGGAGCCACCACCACCUCCUCUUCCUUUGCCGCCUUCGUACACACUCUUCUCCCUACGGUUCCUCCGCCUCCACGGCCGUGACCUCUUUGCCGCCUCUGUUAAUUGGUUCCUAGUAGACGUUGUUUUCUACACAAGCAACCUCCUCCUCUCCCAAAUUUUUAGCCACUACUCGGAUAAACCUUCUUCCACCACCACUGAGAACGUCUACGACGCAGCCUUCAAACUGGCGGAACUAGGAGCCAUCAUAGCCGCUUGUUCCACCAUUCCUGGCUAUUGGUUCACAGUUUACUUCAUCGACAAGAUAGGUCGUGUUAAGAUCCAGAUGAUGGGGUUUUUCUUCAUGGCCGUUGUUUAUUUGGUCGCAGGGAUACCGUACACUUGGUAUUGGUCGAAGCAUGAGCAGACAAAGAAAGGCUUUAUGGUUCUCUACGGUUUGGUUUUCUUCUUUAGUAACUUUGGUCCCAACACUACAACUUUUAUCAUCCCCGCUGAGCUUUUCCCGGCUAGGUUUAGGUCGACUUGCCACGGUAUAUCCGGCGCCGCGGGUAAGCUUGGGGCUAUUGUGGGAACUGUUGGGUUCUUGUGGGCUACCGAGAAGGUAGAAGAGGGAGAUCAUAUGAACAAUGUUUAUCCCGAUGUGAAUCGUAUGAGAGCUGCUUUCUUGAUUCUUGGUGGAGUUUGCAUUGCCGGAAUCUUUGUGACUUACUUCUUCACCAAGGAAACUAUGGGAAGAUCGCUAGAGGAGAAUGAGCACGAACAAGAACGAGUUAACAAUGAUGAGAGCGAAGUUGAGCCACAGAAUGUUGACAGGCAAUCCUCGGCAAGCACUUUGCUUCAGACACAAUGAUGAAUCAGUUCAAUUUUAGUUGACAAAGGAAGCUACUUUCAUGUUUCUGUUUAGUUCCUCGUAAUUUUUGAUUAAAAAAACAAAAAGUUUUCAAUUUUUUUUGAUAUAUAUAUAUUUUUAACAAUUACUUCUCAGCCAAGAAACUAUCUAAUAUACGCUUCCUCUGUUUUUUUUGUCAAUCCUCUGUUUUUUGUACUUUCUAGCAAUGAAACUCUAGUCUUCCUUUGUUUU